CCCCCUAGAGGGCGCUCGAGUCCUUUCAGGUAGGAAAAAUGAAAUUGAAAAAAACCACCCUUUGAAUUCCAGAGCUCUGAAUCCUGCUGGUGAAUACACCAAGCAUUGAUUCAGUCUUCUUGCUUUUGUAUUUUAGGAUUACUUGUGUUCAAAGAAAAACAACCCGGAGAAGAAAAUUUCAUCAUGGCAAAUAUCCACCAGGAAAAUGAAGAGAUGGAGCAGGCCCCCGUGCAGAAUGGAGAGGAAGCUCGCCCUGUGGGAAGGGCCGAAGGCCAUCAGCCUGCAGGAAAUAACAGGCGAGGACAGGCUCGCCGACUUGCCCCUAAUUUUCGAUGGGCCAUACCCAAUAGGCAGGUCAAUGACAGGUUGGGUGGAGAUGGAGAUGAUAUGGAAAUGUUCAUGGAGGAGAUGAGAGAAAUCAGGAGAAAAUUUAGGGAGCUGCAGUUGAGGAAUUGUCUGCGUAUCCUAAUGGGGGAGCUCUCUAAUCACCAUGACCAUCAUGAUGAAUUUUGCCUUAUGCCUUGACUCCUGCCAUUUUCCAUGAGAUGAAUACUGUGAUUGCUGCUGGUUUUCCUUUCUCUUUGCAUUUUCCUGGUACGCCUUUGUUGAUCUGUUUGCUGUGAACUUUAUAUUAUUUCUAUGUGUUGGGUAGAUUUUAUGUUGUUACCAGCUUUUAAAUGAAGAUUGCCUUUGCACCCAGUUUAAGUUUCUGUCAGCAGUCGAGUUUCUCCCGUUUGCAUGGAAAGAUGUAAAGUUAAUAAAGCAAUUAAAAAGCAA